UUACAGAGGUCACGGUCUCCUAGUGGGUCAGCACAGAAGCAGCUGGAUGAAGCUGACCUGUUCAUGGACCUCAUCAAAGAUGUCGCCAACGAAUUGGAUAUUGAUGUGCUAUGUCAUAAGAUCCUGGUGAACGUGUGCCUGCUAACGUCAGCAGACCGAGGCAGCUUGUUCCUGGCGAAGGGGAUCCCUCCCAACAGAUAUCUUCAGGCGAAACUGUUUGAUGUCACCAGAGAUACAGAACUAACCGAUGCUCUUAAAACAGCGCGGUCACAAGAAAUCAAGAUCCCUUUUGGUGUAGGGGUAGCAGGACUAGCAGCACAGACAAAAUACCCUAUCAAUAUCAAGAACGCUUAUGCUGACCCGAGGUUCAACAGUGAGAUUGACGCUCGCACCGGCUACAAGACGGAGCUCAUCCUCUGCAUGCCAAUCUGCAACUACGAGGGUGACGUCGUUGGAGUCGCACAGAUCAUCAACAAGACUGAUGGAUCCAAAGAAUUUUCCCCCAGAGACGUGGAAGUGUUUCGACGUUACCUCACGUUCUGUGGUAUCGGCAUCCAGAAUGCUCAACUCUUCGAGUCCUCAGUGCUGGAGUACAAGAGGAACCAGAUUCUAUUGGCGCUGGCCAGGAGUAUAUUUGAGGAGCAGAGCAACUUAGAGUGCCUGGUCACGAAGAUCAUGACAGAAGCGAGAGAACUUCUCAAGUGUGAACGGUGUGCUGUCUUCAUUUCGGAUACGGAUCAUUGUGAAUCGAGUCACUUAGAGCGCAUAGUCCAGCGUCCUGGCGGUCAGAAGUCAGCGAUGCCGGCGCUUCCUCCACCAGCUCCCACCAGGUUCCACACACUGUUCGAGCUGGGGGCACACCAGUCCAGGACCACACUCACACCACGACAUGACUACAAGUCUACACUAGCCUCUAUUGCAUUAGCGGUGGCGCAGUCAAACAAAGCUCUGAACAUCUCAGACGUGGCUGACUGGAGGCGGGAGAACGGUAUGAACGCGUUAGACGUGGAUGAUGCCGCCACUGUCAGAACCAUGCUGUGUAUGCCUAUUGUCAAUGCUAAUAAGGACGUUAUUGGCGUGGCACAGCUUAUCAAUAAGGAUAACGGCUGCCAAUUCACCGAAGGCGACAUUUCGAUAUUCGAAGCAUUCGCCAUCUUCUGUGGGCUUGGGAUACACAACACACAGAUGUAUGAAAACGCUUGCAAACUCAUGGCUAAACAGAAGGUGGCGCUGGAAUGCCUGUCGUACCACGCGACGGCUUCCGCAGAAGAUACGAGCAAACUAUGUAACGACAACAUUCCAUCCGCAGAGAUCUACAAUCUGUACAGCUUCCAGUUUCAUGAUUUUGAUUUAACAGACGAAGACACGUGCAGAGCGACGCUGCGUAUGUUCCUACAAUGCAACCUGGUUGAGAAGUUCCACAUUCCUUACGAUGUCCUCUGCCGCUGGAUCCUCAGCGUGAAGAAGAACUACCGUCCAGUGAAGUACCAUAACUGGAGGCACGCACUCAACGUAGCUCAGACCAUGUUCGCAAUGUUGAAGACAGGCAAGAUGGAGCGAUUCAUGUCAGACUUGGAGAUCCUGGGUCUUCUGGUAGCCUGUCUAUGUCACGACCUGGACCAUAGAGGGACCAACAAUGCCUUCCAGACGAAGACAGAGAGUCCACUGGCAAUAUUGUAUUCGACUUCCACGAUGGAACAUCAUCAUUUCGACCAGUGUGUCAUGAUUCUUAAUAGUGAGAGCAAUAAUAUUUUCCAGGCACUGUCACCGGUCGACUAUAAAGAUGUGAUGAGGGUGGUAGAAACCGCGAUCCUCUCGACAGACCUUGCGAUGUACUUCAAGAAGAGAGCUAAGUUCCACGAGCUCGUGGAGAAUGGAGAGUUUGAUUGGCAGAGUCAAGAGAAGAAAGAAUUGCUCUGUGGCAUGAUGAUGACAGCAUGCGACGUGUCAGCAAUAGCGAAGCCCUGGGAAGUACAACACAAGGUGGCCAAACUAGUGGCCGACGAAUUCUUCGACCAGGGAGACCUGGAGAAACUGCAGCUAAACCAACAACCCAUCGCUAUGAUGGACAGGGAGAAAAAAGACGAACUGCCACAGAUGCAAGUAGGCUUCAUCGACAUGAUCUGCCUGCCGCUAUACAAGGUGCUCUCAGACACGUUCCCCUGGAUACAACCCCUGUACACCGGCACUAUGGACAACCGACAACGAUGGCAGGACCUCGCGGAGAAGGUGGAGAUGGGACUUACGUGGAUCGACCAUGACACUAUUGAUAAGCCUAUUGAGGAAUUCACUGCAUUAAAUGAGCCCAUAAAAGACGUGGAGCUAACAGUACAGACAUUGAACUGCUCAAAACCGAUACCUGAGAGCAGUAGCAGCAUGGCGCUGGUGAAACCGUUAAAGACUUCCUUCCACUCCUUGAGGAGAGGCAAGAGCUCCAACUUCACCACCAGACCUGCCAGGAGUAAGCUUACCAGUAUGUUUCAGAUCAAUGUACGCGGCGGCAAGCUCUCGGGAAAGCGAGAAGCAGCCGGCGCUGGUGAAGAAGAGCACCGUGGUCAGCGACAACCACCACACCACGCUGCUGCAGGAGGAGCUGCCGCCCAAGGCCAAGCACAAGGCCAGGCUCUGCCACAUGUUGUGACGGUUGAGCCUCAACUGGGGCAGCCAGAAUAG